CACUUUUUCAAUGCAAGAGUCAUCCGAUGCAACACUUGUCAAAAUAAAACAUUAUUUUAAAAAGAGAAGUGCAUUUCGACCUCCUGUUGAAGAAGAUCCUCGCUUACUAGACCCAAAGAUCAAAUCUCGAAUUGUUGCUUGUAUAUCACUCGUUGCCUGUACAGGUGGAUUUUCCAGCACAAUUUAUUUUCCAGGUAUUCCAUAUGUUACUGCCGAAUUAAAUGCACCUUCCAUUGCCACCACACUGACUGCAGCUCUAUUUAUUUUAUUUAUGGGUAUUAUGCCUGUUGUUUGGGCAUCCAUUUCUGAACACUAUCAUGUUCGCCGUGCGAUUUAUUUAAUGGCCAUGACAAUCUAUAUUGCUAGUUCAUUAGGUGCUGCAUUUGUACACAACAUUUGGGCACUUGUUGCUGUCCGUUGCAUUCAAUCGAUGGGCGUAUCUUCUGGUCAAUCAGUAGGGUCCGGAUACAUUAGUGACAUGUACCCUAUUGAACAGCGAGGUGCCGCAUUUGGUAAAUACAUGUUUGGGGCUGUCUUUGGACCAUUGCUUGGUCCUAUCUUGGGCGGUCUACUUAUCAUGAGUCCAUUGGGCUGGCGAGCGACUUUUUGGUUUUGCUUCUCUUUUGGAAUUUUUAUCUUUAUCAUCACUUUCUUAUUUACACCAGAAACUUUUCGAGAAGAUGCCAGGUUUGACCAAGCGCUACCUAUUGUGGAGACAAUCAAUGAGAAAGAUAGUGUCAUCUCCGCACACACAGCGAUCAACACAGAUGGUGACACAAAAUCCAUCAUAGUUGAAAAAAAGCACGCAUUUAACCCAUUCCGACCUUUUGCUCUACUAAGGCAUCCUUUUGUGUUUAUGCCUGCCUUAACAGGUGGAUUCUUUUUCGGUGCUAUGUUUGCUACUGAGACUAUUCUUCCUACCGCUUUUGAAAAUACGUAUGGUCUGAAUUCAUGGCAAACAGGUCUUUGUUAUCUGGGUGCAGGUAUUGGUAAUAUUUGUGGUACAAUGGUCGGUGGCAAGCUCUCUGAUCGACUACUGCUACGUUCUCGUCGAUUACGAGGUGGUAUUCCUCACUCCGAAGAUAGACUAACAGCGAAUAUUUGGGUGGCAGGAUUUCUAUGUGUGCCGUUGGGUUCUCUCAUAUUUGGUUGGAUUGUCGAAUAUAAAUUGAGCUUUUGGGGUGCCAUUGUUGGAUUUGGAAUUCAAUGCUUUGGUAAUGUGCAGGUGAUAUCAACAUGCACUGCCUAUCUGGUGGACUCUGUGCCAGGUCGAGGUGCUGCUGCUACUGCUGCUGCCAAUUUUGUGCGUAUGGGAUUAUCUUGUAUUUUGACGAUUGUAUCAACACCUAUGAUUCAAGCAUUGGGCCCUGGAUGGACAUGUACUUUAUUUGCUUGCCUUUCUUGGGUUGGUAUGGGUAUUACUGUUAUACUAAAGAUCUAUGGUGAACCCAUCCGUCGUUGGAGUGGUUAUUAGAAAGAUUGUACAUAAAUGCCAUGAUGGACUUGUGCCUGGUUACUAUAGCAAUAAAUGAUUGAACAAAAAUAAAUCGGCGAUUGAAUUGCAAAGACUUGUUCAAACAGCAGAACAAAUUGGCUUUUCCAUUUACGAAGCGUAAGAGUAAGAAUAGCAGUGAAAAGACUGCUUCCAAAAAAACC